GGUCAGCUAACUAGAAACACAUUGUGUUUUUUUUACCUAAUUCAUCUGUGAGGUUCAAUUUUUAGUUCUAUCUAAUCUAACGUCAAACUGAAGCUAUCUUUUUUUUAAGCCUUUCCACAGGCUUCUUUUAAUGGACUUUAUUUGCCUCAUAAUUUAGGGAAAACUACUGUCAACGGAUUUCUCCCUGAACUCGAGGAGGGAAACAAUGUCUUAUACAUCCAAACUUCCUGCGUCCUGGAACGAUAAACCGCCCCCUCGCAAAGUGGAAAUUGACUUGAGCUCACCUGGUUUAGCUGUGUUUGAGUUGGAACGUCUCUUGUUUACUGGUAAAGCCAUCAUCAGCCAUGCAGAUGAAGUGUGGCCAAGGCUUUACAUUGGUGACCAGCACAGUGCAGAGAACCGGGCUGAUCUAUCCUUGCAUCGAGUCACUCACAUCCUGAAUGCAGCUCACAGUAAACGCAAUGGACAACCAGGUAUCUAUGGAGGAAUGAAGAUCACCUACAUGGGCAUUGAGGCCCAUGACUCCUGUAACUUUGACCUGAGCGUCAACUUCCAGGCAGCAGCAGACUUCAUCCACAGGGCUCUGAGCAGUGGAGGCAAAGUGUUGGUGCAUUGUCAUGUGGGAGUGAGUCGCUCUGCCACCCUUGUCCUGGCUUACCUGAUGCUAAAGCAGAACCUGACCCUGGUGGAGGCUAUUUGUGCUGUGAAAGAUAACCGGGGUGUAAUCCCUAAUCGAGGCUUCCUCCGACAGCUCAUCACACUUGACGGCCAGCUCUUUGGCUCGCACUGAACCCUGGUAGCAUUACUGAAGUUUUCAUGGGUCCAGACCAGAGCAUAUGGAAAUCUAUGAUAAAGCAAGCUAGUACAUAAUGUUAGACAGAUGAUAUAAGGACAUUGUGGGAAAAAAAUAUUUGAAUAGGUCCAAUUCAGUGGCUGGUUUGGAUGUGUUUUUAUUUUAAAGUGCAGUGGGGAGAGACGGUCACGGGGAGCUGUAGGCUAAACAAAAAAUCUGAUCUGAUUCUCUGAAAGCAACGCGGGGCAAUACACCAAAACACUGAAGAAAUACAUUUUCAGAGGGGGGCAUCUUCAAAUUAGCAUCUCGAUGACUAUACAGUCGUCUGCAUGGAAAUCACAUUGUCUCAGUAGUUAACAAAUGUUCAAAAGGAAGAUAACUACAGGGGAUCAUUGGAGCAACUUCACAACUUUGAUUAGCACCUAACUUAGAAGGAAAUCCAAUACAGCCCCAUUCACAGGUUCUGCUUUGAAAUGACAGGUGAUAAAUCAAACUUAAAGUAUUACAAAUGAAUCAAGAGACAAUCACGUCAUAGCUUUAAACACGUUAGACAAAUAAAGAAUUACAUUCUGUUUCUACUAUCCUGAUAAGGUUGCAUAGUUCUUUUUUUCAUUUUUCAGACUUUGGCACAAUCAACGUCUCCUUUCCUGGGUCACGUGUUAAUUGACAUGAAACCUAAAAUAUUUAUAUUUUGUCAGUUUGCACACAUCAAACUAAUGAACCUUUUACAUCAAAAAUUCAUGCAAUGCAAUGUUUGUC